AUGGAGUUACCUGAUUUCGUUUGGACAUGGGGUCCUCUUUUGGCCACUUUCGGCAUAUUACUGGCAUGGAAUGCGGUGUCUCUUCGUCGUUCCUUUCAAACGACCAGCAACUACCCAAUCAUCAACUACCAGAAGCGCAGUUGGACUUAUGCUGCUGCCAGAAGACAGUUUGUGCAUAAUGCUCGUCAGUUGCUGGUUGAAGGAUCCCAAAAGUUCUCGGGGCCUUUCAAAGUCAUCACUCUCUCCAAGCCGUUGAUAAUCCUGCCUCCAGAGUACAUCGAUGCCAUCAAUGCCGAGAGAAAGCUUAGUUUCCUCGAGUAUGUCCGGGAGGAGUUCCUGUCGGAUUUUGACACCUUCCGAACCUGCCGCCCAAUGCCGCCCGGGAUGUUCAGCAAGGCCAUACAAAAUGGCAUAAACCGCCGCCUGCCCAAGUUUACCCAGGGCAUGUCCUCCGAGCUGUCCGCAUGCUUGGAUAAAAGCCUGGGUUACCAGCAAGGGUGGCACGAGGUCAACUUCAUCAACGAAGCCAGAGGAUGGGUCGCUCACAUGACCACCUUGGUUUUCCUAGGAGAAAGCUUUGCCCACAGCCAGCAGUGGAUCGACGUCACAACUUCAUUUGUCGAGAACAUGUUCAUGGCCAUGGCUAUCACGAGAUCCUUUCAUCCCCUGUUGAGGCCGCUGGUGGACAGGUUCUCGCCCCUCAACCGCAAGGUGCGAAAAUACCAGGAAGUCAUCGCUUCGAUUCUGGGACCCGUGAUACAGGAGCGCCACAUGCAGAUCAAGGUGGCCGAAAUGAAAGGUCAGAAGCCGGACCUGCCGGAUGACUCGAUCGAAUGGUUCCGCCAGGCUGCCGACGGUUUCAACUAUCCCGAGAUCUGGAUCCAGAUGGGGCUCAAUCAAGUCUCGAUGCAGACCACGAGCAACCAGUUGUGUCAGUCGAUUCUCUAUCUUUGCGCGAAUCGACAAUAUUUCGAGCCCCUUCGGCAAGAAGCCAUCGAGGUCCUACAAAGGGACGGCUUGGAAAAGGCCGUCACCAACAUGCACAGCCUGACCUUCAUGGACAGCUUCCUCAAAGAAGCGCAGCGGCUCAAGCCCGAGGGGCUGGCCAGCAUGCAUCGUCGCGCUAUGGAAGAUGUUCAGCUCGGCCCGGACGUCACCAUCCGGAAGGGCGAGCACUUGGCCAUUUCUGCGCACCAGAUGUGGCAAGAGUCAAACUACCCGAAUCCCGAGCAUUUCGACCCUUACCGCUUCAUUGAGCGGAGGAAAAAUCCAAAAUACGCCAACCGAUGGGCAUUUGUUUCGACGAGUCCAGACCACAUGGGGUUUUCCCACGGGAAGCUGGCGUGUCCUGGGCGGUUCCUUGCUUCUAGCGUCCUGAAGAUUGCCAUGUUGCACUUGAUACUCAAGUACGAUCUCAGGAUAGCAGACCCAAAAGAGGCGACUCCGUGGUUCCAUGGGACAUAUGCCAUGGUCAACACAAAUGCCAGGAUAUGGGUGAGGUCUAGAAAGCCCGAGGUGGACUUGGAGUCAUUGGCGAGGCAGAUUCAGCACGAAUGA